AUGGAAAUCAACUCCAUCUCCAAAUGCCUUUUGCUGUUAUUGAUUGCAGUUCAAUUGUGUUGUCAACAAAUCCAUUGCAGCGUUACGUAUGAUGGCAAAGCCAUACUCAUCAAUGGCCGAAGAAGGAUUCUGAUAUCUGGUUCAAUUCAUUAUCCCAGAAGUACUCCCGAGAUGUGGGAGGAUGUUAUAAUGAAGGCGAAAGAAGGAGGAUUAGAUGUGAUUGAAACUUAUGUGUUCUGGAAUGUUCAUGAACCUUCUCCUGGCAUUUAUAAUUUUGAAGGGAGAUACGAUUUGGUGAGGUUCUUAAAGACGGUGCAAAAAGCAGGCCUUUAUGCACAUCUCAGAAUUGGGCCUUAUGUUUGUGCUGAAUGGAAUUUCGGGGGAUUUCCAGUUUGGCUGAAGUAUGUUCCUAACAUUAGUUUCAGAACUGAUAAUGAGCCAUUUAAGUGGGCUAUGAAAGGGUUCACUGAGAAAAUUGUGACGUUGAUGAAGGGUGAAAAAUUAUUUGAAUCCCAAGGAGGCCCAAUUAUACUCUCUCAGAUAGAGAAUGAGUAUGGGGCACUAGACAAGAAAUUUGGAGCUGUUGGACAUAACUACAUGACUUGGGCUGCAAAUAUGGCGGUUGGAUUACGUACAGGUGUCCCUUGGAUUAUGUGUAAACAAGAUGAUGCCCCGGAUCCUAUUAUAAACACAUGCAAUGGUUUCUAUUGUGAUUAUUUCUCCCCCAACAAGCCUUACAAGCCUAAAAUUUGGACAGAGGCAUGGACUGGAUGGUUUACGGAAUUUGGUGGUGUGGUCCACAAGAGGCCAGUUCAAGAUUUGGCAUUUGCGGUUGCGCGAUUCAUACAAAAGGGCGGAUCAUUUAUCAAUUACUACAUGUACCAUGGAGGCACGAACUUUGGUCGCUCUGCCGGAGGCCCUUUCAUCACUACUAGUUAUGACUAUGAUGCUCCACUCGAUGAAUAUGGCUUGAUCAGACAACCGAAAUACGGCCAUUUAACCGAGCUUCACAAAGCAAUCAAACAAUGCGAACUGGCUUUAGUUUCUGCAGAUCCUACUGUCAUCUCUUUAGGAACCCAUCAACAGGCUCACAUCUACUAUUCCAUAUCGACUGGACACUGUGCAGCUUUUCUCUCAAACUAUGACACAACUAAUGCUGCACGAGUCUAUUUCAAUAGGAUGCACCAUAACUUACCUCCGUGGUCCAUCAGUAUUCUACCUGAUUGUAGCCGUGUCGUCUUCAAUACUGCCAAAAUCGGAGUUCAAUCAACAAGAAUGACGAUGUUACCAACUGGUUCGCCGAUGGUUUCAUGGGAGACAUAUAAUGAAGAUCUAACAUCUAGUGACCAAGGCGCGACUUUCACCACAUUUGGUCUUUUGGACCAAGUAAAUGUCACUAGAGAUGCAAGUGAUUACCUUUGGUAUAUAACUAGUGUUGAUAUUGGCUCAACUGAGUCAUUCUUACGUGGUGGGCAGCAUCCGAAACUCUUGGUGCAGUCAACUGGGCAUGCUCUUCAUGUAUUUAUAAAUGGACAACUUUCAGGUUCGGCUUUUGGAACAAGGGAAAAUAGGAGAAUCAAGUACAAGGAGAAGGUUCGGCUCCGGUUCGGAAGCAACAAAAUCGCGCUACUUAGCGUUGCCAUGGGAUUAUCGAAUAUCGGGGGACAUUACGAGUCUUGGGAGACCGGAGUCCUAGGUCCGGUGGUUCUGUAUGGUCUUGACAGGGGAAAACUGGACUUGACCCACAAAAAAUGGUCUUACCAGGUUGGUUUGAAGGGGGAGGCCUUGGGCGUUGUAUCUGCAAAUAGAAUGUCUUCUGUUGCUUGGGUGCAGGGUUCGCUUAUCGCCCAAAAGAAGCAACCGUUGACAUGGCACAAGGCUUACUUCGAUGAACCUGAUGGUGACGAGCCGUUGGCCCUGGACAUGCAUAGCAUGGGGAAGGGUCAAGUGUGGAUCAAUGGUCAAAGUAUCGGUCGUUAUUGGACGGCUCACGCGACCGGUGAUUGCCGACGGUGCCAUUAUACCGGAACUUAUCGGCCCCCUAAGUGUCAAGCUGGCUGCGGUAGACCAACCCAACAAUGGUACCAUGUGCCUAGGUCAUGGUUAAAACCAAGUGGCAAUCUGUUGGUGCUUUUCGAAGAACUCGGGGGAGAUCCCACGAGGAUUUUACUUGUGAAGAGAUCCAUGAGAAGCGUAUGUGGUGAUAUGUUUGAAUAUCACACAAAUAUCACGAAUUGGCAUAACGAAACCCAGCCGCUUCGUAGACCAAAGAUUCACCUUCAAUGUAGUCCUGGCUUGUUGAUUUCUUCAAUCAAAUUUGCAAGCUUUGGUACUCCUUUUGGAAGCUGUGGCACCUUCCAACAAGGAACUUGCCAUGCUCCGGCCUCAUACGAUGUUGUUAGCAAGAGAUGCGUAGGGAAAGAGAGAUGUGCGGUUGCGAUAGCAAACAGCAAUUUUGGUGAAGACCCAUGUCCAAACACAUUGAAACGGUUGUCGGUGGAAGCCAUUUGUGCUCCGAGUUCAAGGCUAAAUCGGAGGAACUAA